AUGAUCGAUGACGAACUAUCCAUCAGUCAGGCAAACAGCACAUACCGCUCCCCGUGGAAAGUUUCGUCUGAACACUACAAAACCAAUAGCAUCAGCUGGACUCUCGCAUUAGCUUUUGGUGUUGCGAUCGGCGGCGCACUACUCGUUCCUCUGGCGCAUAAGUCUCCCAAGGGCGAGAUCACACGACACGACUCCGUGGCAUCCUUCGACCUCACAGACCUCACCGACUCAUACCUCGUUAUGGCGCCGAACACUCCGCCCGGUCGACCUGGCACGCUUACAGCAGAAGAGGAGAAGAAGCUGCGCGAGCUAUGGGCUAUGACGUUGAAGGUGUUUGGCGUGGACGCAAGUGUGGAGGAGGCCAACGGCGCAGAAACGCCAGUCGCAGCAGCAGCAGCAAGCGACGCAGGGUCAGAGAAGGAUGUCAAGAAAGACAAGAAGAAGAGCAGAUUGAACGUGUUUCGACGGAACAAGGACGAUAAGACUGCCGACUCCAAGACGACUUCUGCGGGCAGCACGACACCGUCAGACAUAAGCUCGUUAUCCAUCUCUGCGGACGACGACAAGUUUGGCCAGACUGCAGACUUCAAGGCCGCGAUAGCGAACACGCCACCGGAGGAGCUGCGGAGGGCUUUCUGGAGCAUGGUGAAGCACGACCACCCCGAUGCUCUCCUGCUUCGAUUCCUGCGCGCAAGAAAGUGGGAUGUGGAGAAGGCGCUGGUCAUGAUGAUCUCGACCAUGCACUGGAGACUGGAUGAGAUGCACGUCGACGAUGACAUUGUCAAAAAUGGUGAACUGGGAGCUAUGGACGACACCAACGCGACCGACGCGAAAGUAAAGAAAAACUCAGAAGACUUCUUGGCACAACUACGGAUGGGCAAGAGCUACCUUCACGGCUUGGACAUCGAGGGCCGACCAAUGUGUUUUGUCCGCGCGCGAUUACACAGAGCAGGCGAGCAGACGGAAGAGAGCCUUGCGAAGUUCACCGUCUACACGAUCGAGACGGCAAGGAUGUUAUUGAGGCCCCCAAUUGACACUGCCACCAUCGUCUUCGACAUGACCGACUUCUCCAUGGCCAACAUGGACUACACGCCCGUGAAAUUCAUGAUCAAGUGCUUCGAAGCAAACUACCCCGAAUCACUCGGCACCGUGCUCGUCUACAAAGCCCCCUGGGUUUUCAACGCCAUAUGGAGCAUCAUCCGCGGCUGGCUCGACCCCGUCGUCGCCGGUAAAGUCCACUUCGCCAAAAACAUUGACGAGCUGGAGAAAUUCGUGCCCCGCAACCAAAUACCGAGCGAGCUCGGCGGCGACGAGAAAUGGACGUAUGCGUACCCCGAGCCCGUGCCAGGCGAGAACGAGAAAAUGAAUGAUCAGGCGACGAGGACGGCGUUGGAGGGCGAACGCGCGGAUGUUGUGAAGAAGUACGAGAACACGGUGGUGCAGUGGAUACACGAGGGCGACGGGGAUCUGGAGGAGAAGAGGAACGAGAGGAACGGCGUCGCGGAGGAAUUGAGGCAGAAUUACUGGAAACUGGAUCCGUAUGUUCGGGCCAGGACGCUGUAUGAUCGCAUGGGCAUGUUGAGUGAGGGUGGCCAGCUUGCUUUCUACCCGAAGGCACAGACGACACCUGCUCCGGCGGCGGCGGCGGCGAGAGUGUCGACGAGCGCGGAUGACUUGGAUUGA